CAAGGCCAAGGCGGGUUUAUUAAAAUGUCUAAAGGGUCGGGGAGGGGUUGUUUGAUGACAUUUCUAGUUCUUACCUCAUUAAUCUACAAGUCAUCUCAGAUAGGUUCAGUUACACCAGAAAUUAUUGUAUUAGAUACCAAUGGCAACCAAAAAGAAUUAGAUGGUAUUGCUAUUGUUUACAAUUCCUACGUCACUUUAAUUUGCCGUACAAUAUCUGACGAACAUCUUCUAAGAUGGCUGUAUGCACCAUCACAAGAUGGAACGUUUACGCCACUAAAUAAUACAGGCCAUAUUACCAUUUCGUCCCAAAAAAAUGAAGAAGUAUCGUUGCUGCUCGUCAGCGUUCAGUUUAAUAUGUCGGGCGUAUAUCAGUGUACUAAUGGACUUGCCAGUCGUCAGAUAGAUGUUCACGUUUAUGGAGUUUUAAACAAGAUUAGUAGUACUGUCCACUUGAUAAAAAAACAUGAGGUGGUUGGUGCUUACAGUCUUCAGAUUAACACAAUCAAUUCAAGUUAUCAUCCUGUUGUUGCGUGUGAAUUCCGAGUUGGUUCAAACGGUAUACGAUACACUACUGUCCGUUGGAGAGGCGGAAAGUAUCAUGUUAAACCCAAUCUUUACAAAGUUACUGAGAGUCGAGACGAAAAGUCUGGCAUAAUAUGGAGUAAUUUGACAUUGCUUCAUCCUUCCUAUGACCAAGAACUGUACGGAAAAUAUUAUUGCAUGUUCAAUAUUGUGCCUGGUACUAUGGAGACAGCUGAAUUACAAAUAAGCAUUCCACCAUUAAUACACAAAAAUGAACGUAGUGUAAAUCUUUAUUCUGGUGUGAAAUACACUUACUUCUGUGAUAUUAUUGCCUACCCACCAAUCACUGAACCUAUUUCAUGGAUGAGGAACGAUGUUCCUCUAGUAAUCCAACAUAAUGGUCGAAUUUCUGUUCAUGAUAAUUCUGAAAAUCGUAUACAUUUUGAAAGCAAAAACGUCCUCAAUGAUCAAAUUGUAUUCGAUACAAUACAACCAGAUGAUAGAGCUGUCUAUUCAUGUUUUGUUCGUGGAGCAUUUGGAAAUGAUACAGCAGCUUUCUUUUUACGAGUAAAAGAUCGUCGUGCUCCUCUAUGGCCUUUAAUUGGUAUUAUCCUAGAGGUGGUAGUUUUGUUCAUAAUUAUUUUAAUUUAUGAAUUAAAACGCCGUGAGCGUACUAAACGAGAAGAAGCUGAAGAAAAUUUGGUCACAUUUAGCAAAACGCCAAAUGCAGCAUAUGAAAUUGAUGAAGCGAGUGAGAAUAUGUUAUUACGACAACGAGGUGAUCGUCACUAGGACAACAUUUCGAAAUUCCAUCAUCAUUGUAUUAAACCAUUAUACACAAAAUCCAAUGUAUUUUCACAUACACAUACGCUUUCUAUGAUGGAACUUUGUUUUUAUUUUUUUCCUUUUCUCAAAAUAUUAUCCACUAUACAGUAGCAAUUUUCUUAUUUCAUUAUUAUGUAUUUUACAGAUUAUGUUAUUUAUUACGUAAUUAUCUUUCAGAUGGUUUUCAUAUUAUCAUCAUUCAUUCGACAUAAUAUUUCAACAUUGAUUGAUGCUCAUAGUGCAUUUUUUCUCUCCAAUGGUUUCCUCAUAUUAUUAUGAUCCUCAAAUGUUAUAUAUAGUACUGUCGGCUCACUACUCAUUCUUAUCUGUAUAAAUAGAAAUUAUUCAUAUAAUUAUAAAUUUCUUCAUCCGACUUCAUACACAAUUAUACGCUUUGCAUAUCAUAAUGCACUAUAUCUUCCCUUGAAUAUUAUGAUUUUAUCUUUUCCAAUAAAAUAUGCAUUUAAAUUGUUAUACACAAUGAUUUUUUUAAAAAAAAGGAAAUGAAUUAUUAGUUUAUGCAAAUAUCUUUUUCCUUAAGGAUUUAUUCGUAUUAAAUUCCAUUGUUCUUUUUUUAUUAUUUCCCUUUCGUAUUUCUCUUUUCUUUUCUUUAUACCUAUCUCCUUAUACUUUUCAUAUUAUUAUUAUUAUUAUUAUUAUUAUUAUUAUUAUUAUUAUUAUUA